AUACGAUAAUAUUUAGUUUGAUUGAGAGAGCAAGGUUUCCUCUCAAUUCUCCUACCUAUCAACAAAACUACUCUUCCGUUCUCAACUUUUCUGGUUCUUUGUUUGAUUUCAUUCUACACCAAACUGAGGACAUUCAAGCCAAGGUAUAAGUGCUUCUCUCUACCGUGCUUAUUUUGUACGUUCACGGUUCACAUCUCUAUCUGUGUUUAGAUCCUUAACAAUUUGUUUCAUGUGUAUCUUUAGCUAUUUUUUCUGCUUAGUAUAAGUAAAAUCGGAAAUGUGUUUUUUGAGAUGAGUUGAAUUACUAGUUUAAUUCUUACAAGUGGGUUUUGAAAUUAAUAAAAUUUUAAAAACUAAAAGACUUAUAUAGGAAAAAAAUAUAUAAAAUCCUGAAAUCUUCUUAACAUUAUGGCUUAAUUGAGUGUGUACUAAGAUUUUAGUUUAGAAAUUGAAUGGUGACUAAUGCUAAUGGGUGAUUUUUGUUAAUUGAUUUGAAAUAUUUAUUGCAUUUGAGAUAUUAUUAUAAGUCCUCGGAACAAAAUAUGUACUAAUAUGUUGGCCAAUUAAAAUAAUGUGUAUAUAGAAUCUCACAUUUUAUAUGAUUUGCUUGUUGUAGUUUUAUAAUAUGUAUAUUUGUAUAAGAUGAAAUUAUAAUCCCAUAUGGACAAGAGUUAUCAUAGGUUUUAAGGUAGUUAAGGUAGGGUCUGAACCGAGUUUCCUAUAAUUUAGCAAUCACUUUUAAGUAUGGGUGCUUGAUUCUUUGAAAUCCACGAGAUGUGGUUAAGUCUCAUGACUUCCUAUGUAACACAUGUUGACGCAGUAAACAUUCUACACACGGUCACACUUUAUGAAUGAGAAAAUUGGUGACUCGGGCAACCUAGAUAAGGGCGCGCUCGAACCGAUACAAAGGCGAUUCGAGAAGGUUAAAAGGCCAAAAAUGUGUUUCUCACCUAUACCCCAAGAGUGCUCUAAACUAUGUCACCACAUAGUCCCAGAAGCACGAGGGUUCAUGAAGGUAGAAUCAUGAUAAGCCUUGAUGAGGCUUUGCUCUUGCCCCAAGGUCUUGAAUGUUCCUUCAAGGGGAGACUUGGUUGAGUCCCUCGCGAGAAACUUAGAUGAGUCCCCCAAGUGAGACUUAGUUGAGUCCAUCAGGCAAGGCUUAGUUAAGCUCCUUAGGUGGGACUUAGUUGAGUCCCUUAGAAUCCCUUAAAGGUGUUUGUCUAUGUGACGGUGUGUCAAUUGAAAAGUGUCGAAGCGUCUGCUAGAGGGAAAGCGUGUGAUGAAUUUAAAUACAACAAUAAUGACUUAUGUAACACCUGAGAUCGACAAGGACGAGGAGUGGUCGCCGGUGCAUAAGACAUGAAAUGAGCGGCUCCUAGCAACUUCUAGGCAAAAAUCAAAUUCACAUCGAAAGAGUGGAAUCCAUAGGCCGAGCAGGUAUGAGAUUGCAUAGUUAAAGGAAUGCUUAUAAGGAUUGGUUGGUACUACCUAUACCAACAAGAUGCAUCUUCUUUUUGGUAACCUGACAAAUAAGAAAUUCAUAGUUAAAUGUGCUUGACUUGGAGUAGUAUUUGGAUGAGUCAGUUGGUAAUCUUGAAAGCAAUAUAGGUGUUACAAAUUGUAUCAGAGUAUACCUCUCCCAACUCGUUGUGAUUUGGAGAUGAACCAAGCAGAAGUUAAUGGACAUGUAACACCCCAGGCCGAAAAAAGCUGGGAGUUGUCCCUGAUGCAUAAGACAUAACAAUGAGCGGCUCCUAGCAGCUUCUAGGUAAAAACCAAAUUCACUUUGGGACGAGAGGGUUUCUGAGGAUUGAUUGGUACUACCUAUACCAACAAGAUGCAUCUCCUUUUCGGUAACCUAACAAAUAAGAACUUCAUAGUUAAACGAGCUUGACUUGGUGUAGUAAUUGGAUGGGUGACCUUUUGGGAAGUUUCUCCAAAAGCGUGUCAGUAAGAACAAAGCAUGCUGAAAAGACCUGUGUUGGUUUGUGAGGUCAGUUGGUAACCUUGAAAGCAGUCUGGGGCGUUAUAACUUACCCUUAGGAUACCUAAUUGGCCUUUUCCCUAUGGAACAUGUUGAAACAUGCAAAAUCUUUCACAUCUUAUUUGAAACCUAAAGACCUUUGACAACCCCUAGUUUCCCUCCCUAUUUAAGGAGACAAGAACCAUCUUUUUAUUUUUGUCACGAACUUCCUUCUCUAGGGUUUGCAAAUCGCUUCUCCUUCCUUGGGUAAUUUUCUCUCUUUUCUGUCUUUUUGCCUCAUGGGCCUUCUUCUCAGCAUUACUUUCCUCGCCAUUUAUGUAACAUUCUACUUGUGUUCACUACCUCAUCCAACGUUGUUGUUUAUCUAUGGGCGAUGGAUUCGUUAAAGUGUCCCAUCUUGACCCUAUUCUGAAAUGCUCAUACGAACAUUUCUUGUUUGGGAUAGAUCGCCCUGAUGGUCAUUUUAUUAAAGCGGGAGAGAUAUCCUCUUCAAGACUAUGAUGGGCCUUGACGUAUGUUGAAAAAACUGGUGGUGGUUAGCUUUCGGUUCCUGUUUGUGGUGAAUUGAUAGACUAGUUUCUUCACCAGGUUUUAAUAGCUAGUGACAGAGAGCAUGGGAAGGCCCAUGUACAAUCUUAGAGCAAUCUGAAUGUUUCACUUUAAAGAGUCAGGCGCUCAGAUGAUGGUCAUAUGAGUGUUGAUGGAGGCUAUAUGCCCAUAUGGGUCAUAACAUCCAUCGAAGUUAGCCAACGAUGAUAGCUUAAAGUUCUCGGGGACGGACGCCUCUCAUAUGUCGUUUGGUAGUGUUUAGGGGUCAAAUGCUUUCAUUUUAUCCACCAUAUCGGUCCUUUUGUUGACGUUGUUGGAUAUGUUGAACGUUAUUUUCGAAAGUUUGGUUCUAACAGCAAAGGUUGCUCAUAGCGGCGGGAGUUUCCGCUAUGACACUUUCCUAGCCGUCAGAGUCUUCGCUGGUCGGAGUAGCUAUCUUCCUGUUUGCCAUGAUGUGGGAUAAGCGCAAAGGCUGUAUUCCAGUUGAAUGCAAUGAGGGUGCCCUAAGUUAGUUUUGUCGAGACUCCACGAUGGGCGCCAAUUGUUCAAGAUAAAAGUACAAUAUGCUUAAUUACCCCUGGUAUAUAAGGAUUGUCAGAGGAUUUAUUGUAGUUAAGGUCUGGAGAGCUAGCUCAUGUGAGGUGAGUGGAUGUUGUCUAGGUUUAGACCUUGGUGUUAUUGGUUAUCCCCUUUAUUAUGAUGUUAGUGAUGUAUUUAUAGCACAUAGGUAUGAACCAAGUCCUUUAUAAUUUAGAAACCACUCUUAGGCAUGAGUGUUUGAUUCCCUGAAAUCCAGGAGGUGUUAUUAAGUAUCGUGAAUUCCUAUGUAAAAUUUGUUGACUAAGUAUAUGCUUUAUACACGAUUGUGCGCUAUGAACUGGAAAAUUGGAAACUCAUGCGACACAUCUGAACAAGAGGUACUCGAACUGAUAGAGGAUGCUCGAACCAAUACAAAGGCGACUCGAGAAGAACGAAAGGCCAAAAAUAUGUCCCACGCCUCGCCCCAAGGUCUCUCCAAAUUAUAUCACUACAUAAUCCCAUCAAGCACGAGAGCUCAUAGAGGCCGAAUUGUUUUUACUCUCGACUCAUCUUUAGACCUUCUUGAUGGGCCUUGUUGAGGCUGUGCUCAUGCCUUUAGUUCUUGAGUGUUCCAUUCGGGCGAGACUUGGCUGAAUCCUCUAAGCGAGACUUAGUUGAGUCUCACAGUCACAAGCGAUACUUAGUUGAGUACCUCAUCAUUAAAAUAUCUUAUUUUAUAUGAGCUGCAUGUUGUAAUUUUAUAAUAAGUAUAUUAUAUAAACUUGUCUAAGUAUUAGAUGAAAUCUUCACAAUGUAUGUUUUUACAUUUAAAUUCAAAAUUUAACUAUGCUAAGUGAAAAUUUAUAUAUAACACAUUGAUAAUUUAAAAAGAAAAAAAAACUAAAAUUGGUAAUUAAUUAUUAUUUUUUAAUGGCAAAAUAAAUAUAUAACAAUAAGAGGUAAAAAUCACGAUAGAAUAUAAAGGAAUAUAAACGAAUAGUAAGACGUCUCGUAAGAUAACACAUAAAAGUGAGAAAAAAAAUAUAAGAUGAAAAUAUAACAAAAAAUAGAACUCAACAAAUGCAAUAAAGAGUAAAACCAUAAAAACCAACUCAGCCCCUACAAUGCUCCAAAUCAAAAUAAGGAGCCAAAAUAGCUUUCAAAUCAGCUGAACCAUAAACAUUAGAACAAAUAACUCUAAAAAAAAGAAAAGAGAAAGUUGUAUGCACUUUAGAUCAAAUAAGAAAUCUCAACCUGCUAUUGAUUAAUCCAAAUGAUAUGGUUCUAAAGCCAGUUUGAGAAGGUGCGUGAAUUCUCCUUUUAUCUAAAAAAAAAACAUUUCCAAACCUAAAAGAUACUUCUUUCCUCCAUUUCUUUCACAUUUGUCACAUGAUUAGAAAAUGUAGUAUCAAUUUAAGCCUUCAAAAUAGUAUAAAUCAUAACAUAUCAAAUCAUGGCAAAACCAUUCUUAUAUUUCAACCUAUUGCCUAAAGAGAAAAAACUUUCAAAAAGAAAACUAGGAUUCUGAGGAAGAGAUCUUUCUCACCCCAAUCACUUAAAGAUAUUAUAUUAAACACUAUUAUUUAAGUUGUAGGUGACGAACAAAUGUGAAGCCGACUAAAUUAAACCUCCAGUAGGGUCAAGAAUCACAUUUCUCUUGAACAAAUUUUCUCGUAAAUGGAAUCUAUCAAGCGGAAAUUGACAAGAGAAAACAAUCACCUUAUAUGGGGUCCAACUAUACCAAACAAGGGGGAGAUUCAGGUUGGCAGGAAAGAAUGAGAGCUAGACAAAGUUAUAAAUAUAUGGAAAAACAUGAUAAGCAGAGGACACUAAAGAUAUAUCGUCCUUUGAAAACAUCCCAAUCCAUCGAUCAUUAUCUAAGGAAAAAAUACGACCCCGAAGGAGAGCAAGGAAGUUUGUAAUAAUUGGCUCCUCAUGAACGAAGAACGACACUUUCCACCUAAAAUCCAAAGAAUCUCAUCUACCCAUCGAUAUAUCUCUCCCACACCCCCUCAAGAAAAUCAAAGAUAGUAAAUAACACAAGGAUCUGCCUAAAAAGAAGCCGAAAACCCUAUCCACUUUCUUUAAAGUUCCAUCCACAAACCAGUUAAAGAGAUCUAAAAAGCCUAAAAAGAAAUUUGAGCCAAUAAAGGAAACUCAUUUCCACUAGAGGAGGAACCAUUUUGGAAGCACGAGACUUUACCCCUGCCUUUCUUAAAAGAGGUGACAAUUAUAUCACUAUAUCUAACGAGCAAGAUAUCUCGCCAAAGACCAGAGGCUCUAAAGAUAAGUCUCCACCUUUAUUUAACUCAGAGAGCUUAGUUUAUAAAUCGGAGAUUCCUAACUCUUAAACCAUAUUUUCUCUUAGGUUUACACACAUUUGCCCAUUUAAGAGACUUAAGUGUCUCCUUUCAUACUUUCCCAAAGAAAUUUUCUUUGAAUCAAAACAAUUUCCCCCCAAACAUUCACUAGCAAUAAAUAAAACAGGAAGAAGAUAUGAAUAGCAUUAACACAUAAUUAAGUAAGAUAACUCGGCUCCCAAGUUAGUAUACAUAUGCCUCCAAAAACUAAAUAUUUUCAAUAGCAUAUUAACAACGGGAUCACAAGUUGCCUCUCGAUUAAAUCAUAUUCAUAUAAUACUUAUUAAAAUGUAAUAAUAAUAUUUAAAUAUAAAAUAGUUUAACAUUUUGUUAUAAAAGGGUUAAUAGUAGUUUACCCCCUAUAAUAUGAGCGUGUUUCGGUUUACCCCCUACCGUUGCCAAAGGCAGGUUUUGGCAACGGUUUUUUUGAAAAAACCGUUGCCAAAAGGUAGGGAGGGGGGAAAAACAAAAUUCGCUAAUAUUACAGGGGGCUGAACUACUAUUAACCCUAAUUAAAUUAGUCCGCAAUAUUUACAUCAUUACUAUGUUUACUUUUUUUUUUUGAAAUGGAGGGCCAGAAGCCCAAGAAGCGAAAUUUACAGUUAGGUUAACCUCGGAGUCAAAGUUACUAAGUUAACUUUUAAUUAUAUAAAAAAUCAACUAUAAAAUUUAUUUAAUGUAUCUAUAAUAUUUAAUUUAAUUAUGAAUAUUUGAAGAAGAAUAAAAAAAAUGUGGCGGAUUCACUUUAUUAUUUUUUAAAUUCUGAAAUAAAGAAAAUACAUAAAAGUAAAUGCAAUUAUUAAAUUACUUUAGAAAAAAUGGUCAAAAUAUUUGUUUUAGUCAAAUCACAAGGGCAGUGUACUGUUUAAUUCACCAUAUUAAGUUUUAAUAAAAUUUACAAUUUGUCUCUUCAACAAUCAUGUAUACAAUACUAAUAUCUAUUAUUUCCUUAUUAAUAAUUCAAUUGGCAGACAUUGAAUUCGUUUGAUUCAAAAUUUUUAUGUAAAUGAUCUUUGUUUAGAAAAAUAUAAAGAAUUUCUAAAAAAACCUUUAAAUAAAAAUACAAUUUUAAUAAUUUGCAUAAAAUAAUAUUUUAGAGGUUUCAUGAUUUUCUUAUAAUUAGUUUUAGAUGUUAAAAUUUUAAAAAAUGACUUAAAUUGAAUAUUUAUUUAAAAAUCAUAUUAAUUGAUAUAUAAUAAUCGCUUUUCUAUAAAAAAUAAUUUUUUCUUUAAUUUUGAUUUUGUUUUAAUCUUACAUAUGUGUAUUUAUGCUAUUAGAUAAUAAAAUAAAUCUUUGACUUUAUAAAAAAAUCUUAAAAUAAUUUUACUAUUUCAAUCUUUUUAUCAAAAACAUUUUUAAAAAAAAAAAAAUCAUUUUUUAAAAUUUAAAACAAACUGCCUCAUUAUAUAAUCUGGUCUCUUGUCAAAUGUUCAUCCAUAUGUUGGAUUUGUGCUAUCAGUUAUAAGAUGUUUCAAUUUCUAGUUAUGGUUAUUAUGUUGGUGAGUUGUAUAGAAAGAUACAGAAUAGUAAAAGCAGAUGAAUGCACACUUGAAUCAGUGAGAGAGUCUUUAAUCAGACAAGAAGAUACAAUAAUAUUUAGUUUGAUUGAGAGAGCAAGGUUUCCUCUCAAUUCUCUUACCUAUCAACAAAACUACUCUUCCAUUCCCAACUUUUAUGGUUCCUUGUUUGAUUUCAUUCUACGCCAAACUGAGGACAUUCAAGCCAAGACAGGAAGAUACAUGAACCCCGAAGAAAAUCCAUAUCAAGAAAAUUUGUCACCUUCGAUUAUACCACAUUACAAUUUCUCAAAGUUUUUGCAUCAUGCAGCAGCUUCAAUUAACAUAAACAAGAACAUUAGAAAAAUAUAUUUCAACGAUAUACUCCCACUUUUUAUUGCUUCUGGAGAUGAUGGCAAUUAUGCACAAACUGCGGCCAACGAUCUUACAGUAUUGCAGGCCAUCUCUAAAAGGAUUCAUUAUGGAAAGUUUGUAGCUGAGACAAAGUUUAGAAAAUCUCCUCGUGACUAUAAGCCUUUAAUUCGUGUCAAGGACAGAGAAGCAUUGAUGAAAUUGUUGGUAGAUAAGAGAGUAGAAAAGAUGGUUCUAAAGAGAGUUGAAAAGAAGGCAAUGGUGUUUGGUCAAGAAGUGAGCCUUGAUCCUAAUGUCAAAGGAAAAUACAAGGUUGAUCCAUCAAUAGUUUAUAGUUUGUAUAAAAAAUGGAUAAUACCCAUGACAAAAGAUGUUGAAGUCGAGUAUUUGUUACGUCGUCUCGAUUGAAGCCAUUUAAUCCAUAAAUAGAAUAAUACUCAUGAUAACAAUUCUUUUUUUUUUUUAUUUUAAUUAUAUUUAUAUGUAACAAAUUUUAAAAGAACUUUGUAGCGGCUAAAGUACAAUAGUAAAGGAAAUAAGAUUUGCUCAAGUAAUGAUGGUAAGAUAUCUUGUAUUGUUUCCGUGAAACCUUUGUCUCUCCUUUAACCAUGGAUGUUGAGGCACUUAUAUAAAUCAUAUGGGCUCAUUUAGUGGUAGUUCCCAUCAUCCCACUAUAAAAAAAACGUGGGGCAGAGGAAACUCUUUACCUAACUCAAGGAAAGAUGGUUUUCCCUCACCGUUAUUCUACAUGUGGUAAAUGGACAGAUCAUGGAUGAUGGACCUCAAGCGUCAGCUAGGACAACACAUGUAACAUUAAACAUUUCUAAUGAUCGAUCCACCUUGGAAAUUUAAGUCAACAAAGAACCCUAGGUUCGCCAACACAUAAGUUUUACGAUGUGACAUACUAAUUUAAUACGUGAAAAUGACCACCAUAAGAA